UGCAAACCAGUUUUAGGGUUUCUCGAUCCAUUUUCUUCGAUUCUCCGUUUCGUCUACCUUCCUUGGCUGAUCAAGAUUCUUCUCUUUGUUAUUGGACAAAUAAUUGAAAUUUGAGCUAAUCCUUCAAGUUAGUGGUUGAAACAGCAGUCUAAAUUUGACACUUGUAAGGUUUGAAUCAGUUUUUUGCAUUAAAUACAUGAAUAUGGUAGGCAGGCAAGGAGAUAUGGAUUAAUUAAUGAUGCCACCUUAAUCAUCUUUGCACAUAGUUCCAGUAAUAAUUCCUUGAUAGCUUCGAGAUAUAAUUCUCAGAAGGCUGUUUGUGGGCUAUCAGAGGAUCCUUUGUAUCCAUGCUGGCUGAGAGUAUGCGUGGAAUCUGUGUUUCGGGUAAUGCCCCUGAAGAGAUAUUCUGCCGAAGCAUUCGGUGCGUUGACAAUUUGUCUAGUUGCUCUGUUGGUUCUUCUUGGUUUGGUGUGCAUUGCAUACUUGCUUUAUGUGCGUUCACGUGUUCUUAGACAAGGAUUCAUUCAGCUUAGCUAUUUCAAUGGGCCUUGCAUCAUUCGAAUCACGUUCAUUUUGUUCACCAUCUGGUGGGGUUUCGGUGAAAUUAUACGGCUAAAUUUUCUAAGACGACAAGGAAGAGUGUUGAAUGCACUCAAUUUCAAAUGGCAAGAAAACAUUUGCAAAUGUUACAUAGUGUCAAAUUUAGGUUUUGCGGAACCUUGCAUGUUCCUCACUCUCGUUUUUCUUCUUCGAGCUCCUUUACAGAAUAUAGACACUGGCAUUCUGAGCAGAAAAUGGAAUGGGAAAACAGCGGGCUAUAUUAUUCUCUACUGCCUCCCUGUGUUUGUUCUUCAACUUAUUCUCAUUUUGAUUGCACCAGAUUUACGGAAGGAUAGAAGAGAAUUAUCACCAUAUUUCACAAGGGUUGUUGUUCAAGUGAUGCAGAAUUCUGAUGACAUCGCUCUUUGCACUUACCCUUUAUUGAAUACUAUUCUUCUAGGGCUUUUUGCCACCAUCGUGACCAUCUACUUGUUUUGGCUUGGAAGGCGGAUUUUGCAAUUGGUUAUCAAUAGGGGUUUGCGGAGGAGAGUUUACACAUUAAUUUUCUCGGUCUUGUGUUUACUUCAAUUAAGGGUUGUUUUACUUGGACUAUCUGUUUUAUCUAAACCAGAACAAUUUCUGUUUGAAGCUCUUGCCUUCUCAGCUUUUCUUGCCCAACUAUGUUGUGCUGGUGUCUGCAUUUGCAUACUUGUCUGCUACCCGGUCAAGGACUGUCUAGUCCUGAGGAACCUUCAUGACUUGGAAGCUAGGCGAAGGGCUUUUCUCGAUGUUCAAAAUGACACUGUUUCUCUCAUCCCUAUUCAGAGCCACCCAGAAGGAAGUUCAGGAAUUAGCAGCGAGAGGAGUUUUGAUGCCUCUACCUCAACUGGGGCAUUCGUGGAACUGAGCCGCAUCUCCCCUAGCUGAGAAUGCUAUCCCACCAGCACCACCUCUUUGUGGCCAUGGACCAUCGAGUAAGUAAACAAGAAGAAGCCAAGUAGUUUUUCUUUUUCUUCUAAAUUCAGAUACGAUGGUUUUGCUGGAUGCAACCUAUAACCCGAAGCCCCUUUUGUAACAUAAUUUUUAACCUGUAUCCAUUGUGUUCAAAUUUACAAAUUCUUUUGCUAUGUUGGUAUGGUAAAUUUACAAAUGUGUUGAAAAAUAUUCGUCA